CUCUCGCUGCGCCUGCUGCCAGAUCAUGUCGUCGUUUCAGCCAACCAACACUCCGUCGCCUUCGUGGGUGGCAGCCUUGGAGGGCGCUGCCGCCGCGUUCCACGGUGGCCCUCGCAGCUUCCCACCCUCGUGCGACCGCGACAUGGCCGCCAACUACGCGUACGAGCCGCCAAACAGGGACUACGAGCGCCUGUUCUCUCGCGAGGCCCGAGUCCACCAGUGCCACAGCCGCGACAGCGCGUUGCCCCGCAGCGCAGGGUGGCUGGUCCCCAGCCAAGAGAGCGUGUGCAGGCCGGUGCUGGUUGCGCACUCGAUGCUUGCAGCCAUCUGGCUUAUCAGGGAGACUCUUCCCGACGACGCGCUGCCUGCGGGCGCGUGGCAGCAGCUGGCGGCCGCUGCGCAGGCCUGCGCUGACGACGCGCUCCCUCCGCCUUCUGCACAGAGAUCGCCAACGUCCCUAUCGCUGCUGCACGACAAGCGAAGCGCCACCCACAACGCCUCGCUGUCGCCCGCGCACGCAAAGCGCCUGCCCAACGGGCCUGCCGCCAUCACCACCAUCACCAACAACAAUCGUCGCGCAGAGCGGGCGCGCGCACAGCGUCGGGAAAAGGCACAAGCAAGACUGCGACUCGAAGCAGGGCUAGCAGCGCCAACGCCAGACGCUCCGCGGAGAGAGCAGGGCGCAUACCAGUCGAUUGAGCUCUCAGACGAGGCGCACGUGUCGUGGCUCUUCAAGCAGCCCGUCGACGGGGACGUGGACCUGUUCAGCAGCGCGGCAACGCCCUACACUCUGGCUGCAACCAUGAUCAAGAACGCGCGCUCCAUCGGCAACGCUUCGUCCCAGAGCUCAGCGGCUGCCUUCCUGCGAGGCUGGCGCGCGCAGGGAACGCCCUUUGCGCAGGACCUCACAGACACCCACCCCACCUCGUCCUCUAUCCGCGCUUCCACCAGUUCCACCAGCAACGCGCUCGCAGCUGCCUGGACACUAUGUGAGCGCUACGAGCAGGAGCUAGACGUCAUCCACAUCAAGUACCGCUGGGCUAUGGCCUUCCUCGGCAAGACAUACACCGACAAGAUGGAGGAGAUCCGCAGCAAGGAGCGCGUUGGACCAACAGAGGGCGCUAGGAGGGGCCGGGCCGGCAAGGGCAAGGUCAGCUCAGAGGCCAUCAACGAGCUGCUCUCCUCCGUCCCUGCAGCGCCUGACCCACGGCACCGGCAGCGGUUCAAGCGGCGCCUGCACCAGGCUCUGCGUUGGUACGAGGCGGCUAGCCGCCUUGGCUGGGGCAUGCUCUGCCUCCUGCCGCACGACACCAUCUCAAACUCGUGGGUGGAGAACGACCUCCGCAUUCCCUACUGGCACAUCUGGCUAGAGCUGGUUGGUAGGGUGAACCCUGCCGCCUACGAAGCGAGCCGACAGCUCCAGACAUGGCUGGGCUCAGAAGCUCUCUCUGGCGGUCCUAUCAGUGAGAAGGAGACGCUGUACAUUGAGGCUACGUCCAGCAGGCUGCCGCUAGCUACAUCUACGCAAAUCACAGAGGUAGCUGACAGCGAUGUAGGCAGUGACGACGAGAGCGACAGCGCUGCUGUGCCUACGCAGAGGCAGCCUAUGCGCCAGCGCACCCUGCUAGAGCUCUUUAAGCCGCAGCUACAAGGCUACACUAUAGAACCCUAAUAGGCUAUCUAGAACAAUAGAUAGUAGAGUUAGAUUUCUAGUAGUUCUAUAGAAUAUCCUCUAUACAUAUUAUAUUAAGAUAUUCCUAUAAGUAAUCUAUAAUAAGCUAGC